AUGCUACUCCUACUCCUCCUACCGUUGCUCGACUUUUGUGCGGCCAGCUCGAAAAUAGUGACACCUGAUCUUAGCCACUUUUCGUACUACACGCCGGUCAACCGAAAUUUAAUGGUACACCUGGAAGAUCCAGCCUUCUCCAGCCAGUUCGAUCAGGUGAAGGCGUUCAGGGAUUUUGACCCAGUGGCUAUCCACAAGAUCUCACCUCUACGCAAGAAGCGCGAUGUCAGCUUGGAUGAGAUUGAGAAGAUGCUACACGAUCAAAAAAUUUCGCCGGAUUCCGCAAAGCACCUGGCUGCGAUGAUGCGCCGAGAUGAGCCGCUACCUAGCAGUGAGGGAGAUGACUCCAGCGACGAUGAACUGCUGCGCCUCCUCGCCGAGUAUUCCGAGAUGCGGAAACGCCUGCAGGACAUUGAGAGGAACAUUGACUUGACGCAAAACACGCCAAGCUGGGGAAGCAAGACCACCGCCCAGCCCGAGGAAGAGCUGGCACUGCUUUUGGAGGGAAAGUCAAUCCCAUCCCCACCAACUGAUAGCCAACUUUUGGAUGCAAUGAACCCGGCAUCAGGCUCCGACGUUGGCGAUCUGGUGCCGAUGAGCUCACCCAGCACUGACGCGACCACGGAUCAGCCUGUCGAAGCGACAACGCCCCUUCUGGAGACGAUGGUUGGCGAAAUCUACGGCUCCAAGAGCACCACCGAGAAACCAGCCCAGAAGAAGGAGGACGAGCUGGAGUAUUAUGAGGAGGAAGAGGAAGCGACGACAACUGAGGCUCCAAAGAAGAAGAAUACGAAACAUCACAAGCCGGCUGAGAUCUCGAGCCCGAAGAAAGUGUACGAAUACGUCAGUGUCAAUGGAGCCCCUCCCGUCCUCCGAUCCAUCCAUUCGCCCGGAUUCCAGACGCCGCAAUACAGCCCCCUUGUCUUCUCUGGGCCUCAAACGCGCUACCCAAUGCUGUCCCAGCUACCGUACGACCGCUACGCCGCCCCGAUCCGGCCCCAAGGGAUCCCGGCAUUCUACUACCCCAUGAAGAAGAAGGCC